AUGUGGACUCUCCCCGAAAGCAAAACUUGCGAAGUGUACUGCGUCUCCGGGCAUGGACACUCAGGCUGCUCCGCUGCACAGGGAGAAGGGGACUUAAAGCCCACCCAUUCACUGAGCCCCCCCACGAAGCCUGAGGAUCAGGCCGAGCACAAGGUGGAGGGGGUACACGCUCCAGUGUGUGGUUCAUGGAGGAGGUGGAUGUUGGGUCUCUCGCCUUUCUUUCCCUUUAUUGCUGCCAUUGCACUGACACUCCACUACUUAACAUCUCCACCUUGCUCAGUGUUCUUUCUCGGAGGCAGCGUGGAGUUCCCAAACCUGAGCUUCUCCUUGGAGCUGGCUGACUCCACCUCCCCUCAGUUCCGCCUGCAGGCUCAGGCUUUGAACCAUUAUUUCUCAGAACUCUACGAGUCCUCGCCGUGGAGCUCUUAUUACAUGCGCUCAGGAAUUGCCGCCUUCAGUGAAGGAGCAGAAGGGCUCACCGUCUUCUACUGGAGUAAAUUCACUGCCCCAGAGGAUGUUGCAGUGGAAAUCCCGACAUUCAGCCCAGAGAGGCUGCAGCGGCGAUUUCCCGGCAGCAACAAGGUGCAGCGGGAAAGCAUUAAUGAGCAGCGCUACUAUAUGCAGCAAGAUGAUGACACACUUCAUUUACUGGGUUUGGACCCUGAUGACUUUGAUCCAGAUGAAAGAUCUGACAAAAUCAAAAAUCCAAAUAAUAUACAGGGUGGGAAAUGGCAGCUCGGCUUCCAAGCAAUGUCCUUUGACCUCUAUGCCAAAUAUGGUAACAACCGCACCCUGAGCCUUGUGAAUCCCAAGAAGCCAUACUACCAGUGGCGACUUCGUGUACCAUCGGGUCACGUGGUUCGACUGGUCGUCCUCUCCCUUCAUGGUGCCACACCAGGAAGCUGCACCGCUCACAAGCUCUCUGCAUAUGAUUUCUUACUUCCUUUACAGAACAAGAUAAUCGCCAGGUGGUGUGGGCUGCCAGUUUCAGGCUCAUCUCCGGUCAUGAAGCUGACAUCCUCUGGGAAUGUGAUGUUGGUCACGUUCUCUUUCAGCAGACAGAGGGAUGGAGCCAUCUUCAAAGCUUAUUUCCAGGCCAUCCCAAAAGCAGGUUGCGGAGGGUCAAUUUCCUCCUGGAAUGGCUCUAUUUCUUCACCUUACUACCCUUCCUAUUACCCGCCUAAUAUAGACUGCAUUUGGACAGUGCGGGUGCCCCUGCCAGGAUACCUGAUCUCCAUAACUAUCGUCACAAUGGACAUUCAGGAAUCCCCAUCAUCAGAGAAGGAUUGUGAGAAGGACUGGCUGGACAUUGGAGGCAUGAAAUUGUGUAAUCCAGUAUCAGACAGCAGCAAGAAGCGAGUCUUCUCCUCUCCUCUGACCCUCCACUUCCACUCUGAUGAAUCUCUCACCCACAAGGGCUUCUACUUGCUAUACCGGGCCUUCUCCCCAGAGGGCACUUGCCCUCGCCAGUUCCGUUGUGGAGAUAGUCACUGUAUCCCUCUGAGGAAAGUGUGUGAUGGGGUAAAAGACUGCUCAGACGGACGGGACGAGGCUAAAUGUUCAUCCUGCAGGCCGGGGGAACUGUUGUGUGGGAACGGCCAGUGCAAACCUCAGAGCCAGUGUGCCAGUCAGAGCACGUGUGCAGACAGCAGUGAAGAGGGCAGCUGUGGAGGUAAAUGUUACCACGUUUGCCCCAACAAGGUGUGUUUGCCUAAGUCGUCUGUGUGCGAUGGCGUCAUUGACUGCAAAGACCGCAGUGACGAGCUCAACUGCACCAGAGCAUAUGUUAAAGGCUGCUCCUCAUCCUCCUACAAAUGUGCCAACGGGAAGUGCGUCAGUAAAGUCAACCCGGAGUGUGACGGUGUUAAAGACUGCUACGAUGGCUCUGAUGAACUGCGCUGUGGCUGCGGUAACAGGCCCAAAAAGCGCACUAAGAUAGUGGGAGGGAAUGACGCCAUGGCAGGGUCAUGGCCGUGGCAGGUCAGUCUCCAGAUGGAUCGCUACGGGCAUGUCUGUGGAGCCACACUGGUCUCAAACCGCUGGCUUAUCUCUGCUGCUCACUGUUUCCAGGACUCUGAUGCCAUUAAAUACUCAGAUGCGCGUGCGUGGCGUGCUUACAUGGGAAUGCGUGUGAUGACCACGGGAAACCAAGGAGCAUCCACCAGACUGAUUCGCCGCAUCCUUCUCCACCCACAGUAUGACCAGUUCACGUCUGAUUAUGACAUCGCCCUGCUCGAGCUCAGCGCACCUGUUUUUUUCAAUGACUUGGUACAGCCUGUGUGUGUCCCUGCCUCCUCUCACACUUUCACCACAGGGACUAGCUGCUAUGUCACAGGCUGGGGUGUUCUUAUGGAGGACGGUGAAUUAGCCUCUCGCUUACAAGAGGCCUCAGUGAAGAUCAUAAACAGGAGCACGUGCAACAAGCUGUAUGAUGACGCUGUCACUCCCAGGAUGCUGUGUGCUGGUAAUCUGCAGGGAGGGGUGGAUGCCUGUCAGGGUGACUCUGGGGGUCCGUUAGUGUGUCUGGAGCGAGGCAGGCGGUGGUUCUUGGCGGGGAUCGUGAGCUGGGGCGAGGGCUGCGCGAGACAGAAUCGUCCCGGCGUCUACACGCAGGUGGUUAAAUUCACUGACUGGAUCCAUCAGCAGACCAAAGGACAGGUGUGA